CAAGUGUGAAGUGUCAUCUGUCUAAGUCGAGAAAUAGCGUCUUUCAAGUUUCGGGCUUCGGCAUAAUAUAAGUUAUAUUUUUAUUAUUACUGCAUGUAUAGUUUCUUUUAUACGACUCUCAAUCAGUGAAAUAUAUAUUGUAUAACAACUCUUAAGAAAAUACUAAUACCUACGAAUGAGUAAACAAAAUGAAGCUGAAAAAAGUAAAAACGGAUACCGAGGAGACUCUUCCUAUGCCACCCCAAGCAGAGAUCAUAGAGGCUGAUCUCUAUAAAAGGACUUACUUUGGUCCUGAUGUACCCACUCUGGAAAUGGACUGUUGGGAAGAAGAGUUAUCUGAAGUCCAACUGCAAGCUUAUAAAAAUGCAGAUGAAGAAUAUAAAAACAUUCAAAAUAAGCUGGAUGAUAUUGUUAAGGAUACAGGGGGGAAGAUUGUUUACAAUGGUGAUCAGUUCACCGCUUAUCAACUGCUUGGGAAGCAGCCCGUACUUAAAGAUCUUGAGAGGCAAAGUGGUGAAAUCAUUAGAUCAAGAUCUCGGUCUAUGUCCAUUUCGAAGGAAACAAAAGGAAAAAGAGGUCGCGCUGCUAAGAGAAACAGAGACGAUGAUUAUGAUUACUCUCCGGACAGAACUAAAUCGCCUGAAACUCGCUCAAGUAAAAAGAAAAAGAAAGAUAAAGACAAGAAGAAAGAGAAUGAAAAAGAUAGUAAGGAAGUUACCAAGACCAAGGAUAAAACUCUGGCUCCAUCUAAUGUCCACAGUGUGGUGACAAAUGUACGUCCCUCAGAGGCUACAGCUAUUGGAGGCUUACUCACUGGCACCACUGCCAAGACUACAGCUAUUGUAGAUUUGACUAAAGAAGAUUCCAACAAGAAUGUGGCUGAUUCCAGAGAAGUUUCAUUCAAUAAGCUUCAAGGCAAGACGUUCCCGUCGCUGGUGGUGGUGGCGCGGCCCUACCUGCGCUCCAAGGAGGGCCCCACGUCGGACCGCGCCGCGCUCGACACCAAGGUGAAGUCGGUGCUCGUGCACACGCCCAUGAAGUUCACCGAGUGGCUCAUACAGCAGGGGCUCGUACGCUCUGAGCAGUGGUGCGCCAUACACGUAGGGAACAAGCUCAAGUUGGGAAUGUAUUCUGAUGUAUCGAAAUUCCCGUAUUCUGGUGGCUAUGUGUGGAUAUCCGAGUGUUGCCCGACCAGAUUUGUGUCCGUAUUCUCGAGCUCCAUUUUCGAGGGCGCCACCUUCCCGCCGAGCGUUCUGUUGAAGCUCAUCUACCACUGGGCCUGCCAGACCAAUGUUCAGAAUGUUGUCCAAUGGGUUAAAGUGGACAAUCUGUACGUGAAAGGGCUAUUCACAUGGCUACGAGCUGUAUGUACGUCGGCGACACACCAGCACAUGGGGCUACUUGGCGGCUCGGGCAGGAAGGUGGAAGUUGGUGUGAUCUCUCUCGGCACCACCAGCCACGACGGCACUCAACGACAGGUUAAGGUGGAAGUGUUGGGAGUACUGGAUCCUGUGGAGAAAUUGAUCCGAUUGCGUGCAGUGGAACCGCUAGCAGAAUACGAAAAAAACUACAAGAAGCGUUUCCAGAAAAUUCUGGAACCUCUCUCCAACUGGGUGCAUCCCUCGUCCGUCAUCCUCACCGACCUGACGGUGGACAAGAGCACGUUAGUCAGCAUGGGCUUCAAGAACGUACUCCAGUCUUCAUCACAUGCAGACCAGCCGCAGAAGCACACAAACGCGAACAUCAUGGAGUACUUGCGCAGGAUCGUGCCCAGAAUGUUCCAGAAUACGCUCUCGCUACUGUCCCGCCAGAUCAUACAACAGUUCCUGGAUGAAUUGGUGUGGCGAGAAAAGUUCGGCGUGACGCCCGGCCAGGCGUUCGACAACAUAGUCUGCCACAUCGCGGAGCAGACGAAGCUGGACGGCAAGGAGACCAUCACCGUGCGCCUCAACAAGAUCGCUGCGCAUCCCUUCAAGAGCUGGAAGUACCCCAAGAAGAAGGAGAAAGUGACGGAGGAGGUCCCCGCGGAGGAGACGGGGCGCGGCAAGCGCGGGCGCAGGCGGCGCGAGCGCGAGCCCGAG